GGCCUGCUUUUAUUCUAUUGAGGAUUCAACUCUGAUAAGUUAGUGGUCUGCUAGCUAAUCUUUUUCUCUUUUCUCUUUAUUACAGAGAAAAGCAGUAAAGAAUCUACCUCACUGGGAAUGUCAUCAUUGCCGACUUCAGAUGGGUUUGACCAUCCAGCUCCUUCAGGGCAGAGUCCUGAGGUUGGUAGCCCGACGAGUCUCGCUCGCUCUGUUUCUGCUUCCGUCUGCGCCAUCAAGCCCGGUGACCCCAAUAGCAUUGAAUCUCUAGCUAUGGAGGCUACGAAGGCUUCAGCUGAAUUCCAGACAAACUCUAAGAAAACAGACCCUCCUCCUCUGCAGGUUCUUCCUGACCUUGCUUCCUCAGCAGAGCAGAGUCUAGCCAUGCCUUUCCAUAAGUCAUCAAAAGAAGCCGUUGUUGCAGGUAAUCUGGAGAAAUCUGUUGAGAAAGGAACCCAGGGCCUCAGAGUGUAUCUCCACACAAGACAGGACGCUAGUUUAACUCUCACAACUACUGGGAUGCGGGAGCCACAGAUAUUUGCGGAGGAAAAGAGUUGGCAUCCAGAAAAUCAGACCCCAAGUCCCGUGAACGGCCUUCAGCAGCACAGAGAAACAGGGAGUGUACAGCGAGAGGCUGGACAGCAGAGUGUUCCACAGGACCAGGGCUGUCUUUGUGACGCAGAAGACCUUGAGCUUCAUGAAGAAGUUGUCAGUUUGGAAGCUCUGAGGAAAGGUGAGCUACAAAGACACGCUCAUCUUCCCAGUGCAGAGAAGGGUCUUCCAGCUUCAGGACUCUGUAGCUGUCCAUGCUCAGAAGCCCUGAUGGAAGUAGAUACAGCUGAACAGUCUCUGGUUGCUAUGUGCAGCUCAACAGGCAGGCAGGAUGCCGUCAUCAAGAGCCCUAGUGUAGCACAUCUCGCUUCAGAUAAUCCCACUAUGGAAGUGGAGACAUUACAGUCUAACCCGUCCUGUGAGCCUGUGGAACAUUCCAUCUUGACUCGGGAAUUGCAGCUCCCAGAAGAUAAUGUUGACAUGUCUACAAUGGAUAACAAAGAUGACAAUUCCUCUUCCCUUCUAAGUGGCCACGGUCAGCCCUCUGUGGAAUCAGCAGAAGAAUUUUGUUCAUCUGUCACAGUGGCCUUGAAAGAACUCCAUGAGCUUUUGGUCAUUAGCUGUAAGCCAGCUUCAGAAGAGUCACCUGAGCAUGUUACCUGUCAGUCAGAGAUAGGAGCUGAGAGCCAACCAAGUGUUUCAGACCUUUCAGGAAGAAGGGUCCAAAGUGUGCAUUUGACCCCUAGUGACCAGUACUCACAAGGCUCCUGUCACCAGGCCACCUCUGAAUCAGGAAAGACAGAAAUCGUAGGAACUGCCCCUUGUGCUGCGGUAGAAGAUGAAGCAUCCACUAGCUUUGAAGGUCUGGGUGAUGGCUUGUCACCUGACCGAGAAGAUGUCCGCAGAUCAACAGAGUCAGCCAGGAAGAGCUGUUCUGUCGCCAUAACCUCAGCUAAACUGUCUGAGCAGUUGCCCUGCACCUCAGGGGUAGAAAUAGCACCUGAACUUGCAGCAAGUGAGGGUGCCCACAGUCAGCCUUCAGAGCAUGUGCAUAAUCCAGGCCCAGACAGGCCGGAGACCAGCAGUGUCUGCCCUGGAGCUGGGUUGCCCCGUAGUGGAUUGGACCAACCUCCCACACAGUCCUUGUCCACCCCCUCCGUUCUUCCACCGUUCAUCUUUCCUGCUGCAGAUGUUGACAGGAUUCUUGGUGCCGGCUUCACUCUGCAGGAAGCGCUCGGGGCUCUGCAUCGAGUUGGUGGGAAUGCAGACCUUGCCCUUCUUGUUUUGUUAGCAAAGAACAUUGUAGUCCCAACAUAAUUGUGGGAAGUGGGCUAGGCCACACGUCAUUCCUUUUGAAAAAGCCCUUUUCACACAAAUAUACUACACACACACACACACAAUGUGUAGAAAAUCUGCAAGCAAAAUGUUGAGCCAGAUUUUUUUUUUGCCGGCCAAAGUAAUUUAUGAUCUUUUGUCUGAAUUUGUCUAUUCUACUUGUUAACAUUUGGGCCUUUUAAAUGUAUUGGCAGUGUGUGCAUACAAAGCUUUUUAUUCUCAUGACGAUGAUGUAUUCUGGAAUAAAGCAGAUGGUUUUGUGUAUAGCAU